AUGAAAUGGUUGAACUGGACAUCAGAGACGGACUUUACUCUGGCUGGUUUAUCAAGUGAUGAAACAGUUCAGUCCUUUCUCUUUGUCAUAUUCUUCCUGUUAUACCUCAUGUCACUGUGUGGAAAUCUCACCAUUGCCACAACAAUAUGGGUGGAAAAAAAACUUCACACACCGAUGUAUUUCUUUUUGGGUAACCUUUCCAUUCUGGACAUCUGCUAUUCCUCAGUGACUGUGCCCAAGUUGCUAGUGAGUCUUACAGGAGGGAGUUCGGAGAUCUCAUACAGAGGGUGCAUGGCUCAGCUCUAUUUUUAUGUCUCCUGUUGUAGCACAGAGUGUUUGCUUCUCUCAGUAAUGGGAUUUGACAGAUAUGUGGCUAUAUGCAAUCCGAUGCACUACACAACAAUUAUGAACAAACAAAAGUGUGUCAAAUUAGCCACCGGUUUCUGGCUCACUGGCUUUCUAACCUCAAUUAUACAUACUAUCUUCACAGCCCGUUUACCGUACUGCAAGUCACAUGAGAUUUCUCAUUUCUUCUGCGACCUCCCACCAAUGCUAAAACUUGCAUGUUCUGAUACUUUCCCUAACAAACUACUCAUACUAACCGCUGGAGGAUUUUUAGGUCUCAGCUCUUUUUUUCUCACUCUGGUAUCCUAUAUCCAAAUAAUCUCAGCCAUCCUAAAAAUUCACACUAAAGUGGGUAGAAGCAGAGCAUUUUCUACGUGUGCAUCUCAUCUCAUUGUUGUCCUCAUCUUCUUUGGAAGUAUAAGCUUCAUGUACAUGAGGCCAACGUCAAGCUAUUCACUGGAGCAAGACCAGCUUGUAUCUCUUCUCUAUGCUGUAGUCACCCCUGCCGUAAAUCCAAUUAUCUAUAGUCUAAGGAAUAAAGAGGUGAAAAAUGCCAUGAAAAGGACAAUAAAUAAAAUUUAUUAUUUAAAAGUGUAUAUGGCAAAUAUGUAG